UUCUUUGCAGGUGUAGACGCGUUCCGUCCGGACAUGAUAUCAGAGACGGUCCUCCGUCGCCUGCUGAAGCAGGACGUCAUCCAACACAUCAAGUUACGCGGCGACGAAGACAAGAACGACCCGAAGAGAUACGUCUUCUCGGAAGGCAAGCCGGUGGACUACUUCGUUCUGAUCCUGGAGGGCCGUGUAGAAGUGACAGUUGGCCGCGAAAACCUGGUCUUCGAAGCUGGUCCGUUCACUUACUUCGGCGUGCAGGCGCUUACACAGAACGUUGGCUUGGCUGAAACUCCAGCCCCCUCGACCAUGGGUUCUCUCCAGAACCUGAACAUGGACUCAAUGCUGCGUCACACCUUCGUGCCAGAUUACAGCGUCAGGGCUAUCGCCGAGUUGUACUACAUAACAAUCACAAGGUCCAUGUACUUGGCGGCCAAACGCGCCACGUUGAUGGAGAAGGGUGCGUUGAACAAGGGCAACACAAAUGAACAAAUCGAUACCGAAGUUGAUAAGCUUCUAAGUGACGGGGUGAGGGGUGGAGUCGAGGAUGCUCAGGAAACAAAGUCUAACGCGUUAAAACCUACAUCGGCCAGCCCCUUGACGAAUGCCACAUUCAUAUCAAAGAUAAAAGACGUGCCGGAAAACCCAGAAGAAGAAAAACUACUAAAGAAGUAGCAAUUUUCAUAAAAGGCUACACUGCCCCAAAAAUUAUAAAUUUUUUGACAAAUUUUAAUUCAAAUGCGUAGAGUAGCAUGUUUAUAUUCACAUUUGGUAGAUGUUUUUAGAGACCAGAUAAAUAAAAAUAAGUAAUAAUCAAAUUUUAACGAAAACUUGCCCAUAUUAUCACGUCAGUCUGUCACAUUUCGCCUCCGAACAAAAACCUUUAAAAAAGGAUGUUAGCGAUGUGGCAGGGUGUGCGACGCACACGAGUGCAGGGUCUUAGGGGGUGCCGAGCGCCGUGACGCCCCCAAAGAGCCUGCAUCUGCAGGCUCAUGCACCAUUUGCAUUUGAAAACGUAACUGUAAGUACUCCAUCCUUUUUUUGUAUAUAUAAUAUCAUGUGACGUGAAGAACAAGUCGUACUCCGGAUGGUAAGCGACACGCCUGUUCAUAACAGUUGCAGUACCACUCAGAACUUUAAAUCGCAAAGAUUGAGGGACAUUGACAAGUCUGCGUAGUAAGGUGUAAGAUUUUGGUUCCUAUUGGUUAGGAGCAACAAUAAUAUCAAAUUAUUACAACAUUUUUGUUUCUCUGGUCAAUAUUUUUGGGGCAUCUUUACAAUGCAUGAUGUUUAAUCGUUUAUUACUCGUAAGAUUGUAGUAAAAAAUAUAUAGUUUAAUAGUAUUUAAUACGGCAUUUGUUGCGAUUUUUAACAAUUUUUAAAUGUUUAUAAUAUAAGAAAUAGUACUUAUUUAAAGUUUCAAUAUGGCAACAUUAUUUCCCGCCAAUUUUUGACAGCUAUUUUUUUUUUAAUCCAGAAAAAUCAACGCCAUCACAAGGAAUAAAUGUAAUUUAUUUGAAUUUUUAUUUUGAAAUUCUGUUCUUUUUUUCUUCUGUUCUAAUAUUUUAAUGAUGUACAGUUAAAUAUGAACCACCAUCAUAAUGUGGAAUUGUAAAGAACUAUAUUGACAACGCGUGCAUUUAUUUAGUAAUUAUAGCUCUUUUAUUGAAAAAAAGGUUUCGCUGUGUCCGUUACCGUGGUUACCUCAACGAUAACCGAAACGCAAAAUAUGGAAGUCCUCAACAAAACGUACAACGUUACAUCUGUGUGUUAAGUUCUUCUGAAAUCUGUUAAUGGAAAGUGGUUGAAACUCAAUUAACUUCAUCUCCUAAUUUGGCCCCCUUAAAGGUGAAAUAUCUUCCUCAAAGAAACAAUUGCAAUUAGCGUGUUCAAAUGUCUUAAUUACAAGUUUGAAUAAAAUAAAUUCGUUAGGUCUUUCAAAUUAUAAUAGCGGCCUGUCUAAUUCUGGAAAUAAAAUCAUAUUUAAAAGAAACUGUAAUGACUAAGUAGUAUGUCACCGGACUGAUAUUUACAACUGUCAGUUUCUUCACGUUGAGUGACAUCGUAUGGAUGUGGUCGACAUUAAGUUAGUUCACGUAAUAUCAAAUGUACUGAUAAGAGAUUCACUACUUGAUUACAAAAAAUAAAGUAGAUAAUUUCUUCAUCAAAUGCCACGCGAGAAAAUGGUAAAACUGACAGAAAAGAUCCGAGAUAAAUGGCACGUUUCACAAGAAACAUAAUUUGUGUCUGUGGUACGUAUUAAUUAACUCAUUUUUUUGUUAUAGCUUAACGUCAUGCUUUUUGACCGUAGCAGUAUAACAAAUAAAACCCUCUGAUCUUUCGUCACGUCUCAAACCCACGGCACCAUUCAACUUCUAUUAACUCUGUUUAAGGCUUCUGUAGUUUAUUUUGACAUAAUAAUUACACUGAAUAUAUUUUAUUCAAUUAUGUAACACUUGACCUCCAUAACUUCAAAUUGGAAUAUCUUUACUUCCAAACUUCUCAGAAUAGUAAACCCAAAACAAAAUUUGUUCAAGAAUUUCAUCUCUAUAUUUUCACAUAUUUUUCGUAAACUGAAGCAUACAAAUUAUGUCAACAAAAUUUUAUAUGGGAGUUUGUCAUUGUCCUCUGAAUGGAACUAGUGUAGGGUGUCUGAACCGUUUUGUAGUCAUGACCUCCUUCCAAAAUUUCAAAGAGUCCAUUGACCCUUUCCAAAAAUGUGAAGAUGAAAAGCCCCCAGGUUGCAUUAACACGCGUCUCCCUCGCUUCAAUUUUUUUUUUAUGACAUCAAGUGACGGGACGAACAAGUCGUGCGCUUACAGUGCCACUCAGAGCUUUAAAUUUCAAAGAUCUGAGGGGCACUACCACUGCGCCCGUCACACUUAGACAGACUAAGUUGACAAGUCCCAAAUGCCUGUAAUUUCACCAAAAAGAAAAAUAGAUAAUGGAUGGCCGUCGGAAGAUAUUUUCUAUAUCAAUUUUUAUAUUAUUUUAGGUCAGCUCGCCAUGGACCCCCGGUGUUCAUUACACGGACCCCACAGGUUAAUAAUCUCAGUAUAGAGUACUAAAUACUAAAAAACCGACCUCAAAAGUCAUUCAUCCCCUAGUUUGCCACCCUUAGAGGUGAAUAUUUUCUUCAAAUUUAAAAGAAUCUUCUCCUUUUUUUGAAGUCGGUGUAAAAGCCCCGUACUACUGAGUUACCCUCUUUUCAACAAAAAAGAAUCAUAAAAAACAGUUCAUAAAUGUUGGAGUCAUCGCGUAACGUGCUUACACACAGUCGAAUUGCAAACCUCCUUUGUUGAAGUCGGUUUAACAGUCAAUAUUAAAGCCACUAUUUCAGGGUUCAAAACUUAACUGAUCAUCGUUAAAUAAUCAAAGUCAAUAAUUUACCUUCAUUAAAUAUUGACAAUGUUUAGUUACAUACUUCAACGUAAUUUUUAAAAUUUAAUUAAUUGUUUUCUAGUUAUUACUUAUAGGCGUAUAUUCAUUAUGAUCGGAAACAGAAUAUUUACAAAAUCAUUAUCUUAGUGCCUUAAAAAUCUAUUAAUAAAAAUCAGACAGUGAUAUUACUUGUAAAGAUGACAAGAACUGCAAAAUGCCUACUGCACUUUAAUAAUUUACAUAAAAGCUAGAACGGUCAUCUAUAAAAUGUCAAUUUGUAACACAAUGGAAAAUAACAUUCAAUUACCGGAAUAUUGUGCGUUAUUUAGAUAAUAAUGUCACGAAUUUUAAAAAGUAUUUUUUAUGGAAACUGAUUAAGGCCCGGCGCCCACUGGUGCGGGACGGCACAGCAGGGAAUUUUUAGAUGACGUAUAGUAAUACCUUAAUGUUAUGACAUUGUAGUUUAAAUUUCAAUUACAAUGGUCGUAGCUACAAAUACAAUGUUUCUGUAAGCUUAGGGAUACCGAGCCAGAAACUUCGCGAACGCCUCGGCACCCUUCGGGAUGCUUCUUGGUAUAUAGUUUUUAUUCUUCUUCAGCAAGAUUAACAUUUUUAAAUAUACAACUGGUAAUAAACCAACUUGCAACGUUACGACUGAUCUGAAGAGAGGCUAGGCGCGAACACGAUCUAGCGACGGUAUGCUUCGGCAAACCGAAGGAUUCCUUCCUAUGCUGCCCCGCCAGUGGGCGGCGGGCCUAUAUAGAUAUUUUUUUAAUUUAAUUUUUAAAGCCUUUUUUGGCUGGUGUCAAAUAUAAUAAAAUUCCAUUCGAUGUGAAAAUAUUACAUAUUUUUUUUUAUUUUGUCAAUAUCCCAUAAAUGUUACAUUUUUAAUUUCGUCCUUUUAUUAUUGAGUAUUCGAUAUGCUUAAACAAUGACAUUUUGUAAUACGUGAAACGUAAGGAAAUGGAAUGUAAAAGAAAUGAGCAGCUUGAUUUUGAUUGCCUCUCCCGAUCGGAUACUGCAUUUUUUCCGAGUCGAGGCCGAUUUAACUCACAAAU